UUGGGAUCUUGCUGCCGGUGCCGGGAGAGGUUUGAGAAGAGCAGAGUAGCGCGAGGGACCGGAGUGCAGGCUUCCGCUGCGGCGCGCGGACACAGCUGGGCGCACUACAUCCCCGGCGUCGCCUCCGGUCCUUGCUGCCCCGGCUGGGCUGUGACGGAGGAGAGCCCCCGGCUCUGGCCUCCCGCCCUCGAAGGUGCCCCCCGAGAGCGGGUUAGGGGCUCACGGCUGGCGUCCCUUCGCCCGCAGCGCCGCGGGACGGCGCCCAGCUCCCGCUCUUCGGAAAGAGUGCGGCGGGAUCCUCGCCUUCCCGACGCGGCCCAACUCCGGGGCCAGCAGCGGGAGUCUGGACCAAGUCCCGCUUCCCGCCGACCACCCGGAGUAGAGACAUCAACUACCCACCCGCCUGCACUCGCUGUAGCCCUAGCUCCUUGGCACCUGCGCCAACCCGCCGCUCCCGGCUCCACGCCCUCGCAGCGCCCAGCGACCCCAUGGCUUCCUGAGCGCGGGCGCCGCCACGGUCCAAACUGAGCGCUGGGGUCCCCCGGCUCGCCCCAGUCAGGGGCGUCCGAGAGGCUGGGAGAGAGCGCACCAUGAAGUCUGUGCUGUUCAGCCGCUUCUUCAUCCUCCUGCCCUGGAUCCUGAUUGUCAUCAUCAUGCUCGACGUGGACACACGCAGGCCCGCGCCCCCGCUCACCCCGGGCCCCUACUUCUCUCCCUACAUCGGGGGCCGCGGGGUUUCCCGAAUCCCGCUCCGCCGGGGCGGCCCCGGGCGCAGAUGGGGGAAGCGCAACGAGUCGCGGCCGCAGCCGCCGCCUGAGCCGCAGCUGCCCACCAUCUAUGCCAUCACGCCCACCUAUAGCCGCCCGGUGCAGAAGGCCGAGCUGACCCGCCUGGCCAACACGUUCCGCCAGGUGGCGCAGCUGCAUUGGAUCCUGGUAGAAGACGCGGCGGCGCGCAGCGAGCUGGUGAGCCGCUUCUUGGCGCGCGCAGGGCUGCCUAGCACGCACCUGCACGUGCCCACGCCGCGGCGGUACAAGCGGCCCGGGCUGCCGCGCGCCACCGAACAACGCAACGCCGGCCUGGCCUGGCUGCGACAGAGGCACGGGAACCAGCGCGCACAGCCUGGCGUGCUCUUCUUCGCCGACGACGACAACACCUACAGUUUGGAGCUUUUCCAGGAGAUGCGAACUACACGCAAGGUCUCUGUGUGGCCAGUGGGUCUGGUUGGUGGACGCCGCUAUGAACGUCCAUUGGUGGAAAACGGCAAAGUCGUCGGCUGGUACACAGGCUGGAGAGCAGACAGACCUUUUGCUAUCGACAUGGCAGGAUUUGCUGUAAGCCUUCAAGUCAUCUUGUCCAACCCAAAAGCUGUAUUUAAGCGUCGUGGAUCCCAGCCAGGGAUGCAGGAAUCUGACUUUCUAAAGCAGAUCACAACAGUCGAAGAACUGGAACCGAAAGCCAAUAACUGCACCAAGGUCCUCGUGUGGCACACUCGGACAGAGAAGGUUAACCUAGCCAACGAGCCCAAGUACCGCCUGGACACAGUGAGGAUCGAGGUAUAAAUUGAAGCCACCACGGGUGCCGCAGACGGCGUGGACGCAGAGGAGAACAGGUGAGGGCAGGCUGUGGGCACCCAGGUACCGUCCGCUCUGCUCAGCACAGCAGCCAGAUCACCACCUGCUGGACACCUGCUUACAGAGAGCUGGUCAGUUCCCAGAAGCUAAGUGGAUGGUACAAAAUGUAUGCUCUUGUCCCCAUUUGUUUUGCAUGUUCCCCCAUAUAACCACCUGGAAGGUCUUCGCGCGGUACAGCUAAUGGCACCGCAGGGUACCAUUCUGAGAAUCUUAAGAUGCUUUUCUCCCCAUUUGGCCUUAUUAUACUUGGUGGAACUGAACAGGUUUUACAGAUGACAAGUAUUUUGUCAACUACACAUUUCCAAUUCUGAAGUAAUUUUUGUAAAACUGGUGGCAGUAUAUACAUCAUAGGAAAUAAAACCCACAAAAAACCGGUCUAUGGAUUCAUCCGUUUAAUAUAGGGAUAUAACAUCUGUCAGUACUAGGCACCAUAAAAUGUAAACACAAUUACCAUCAUGGACCUGGAUACACCUUCAAGGACUGAAGUGGCUUGUUUAGUUACCCUGUUUGCAUCGAGUGCACAGAAGGUCUUCAUGUUAGCACUGUGUGGACACAGGAAGAGAGCCAAACUCUGAGAGAGGCAGGUACAAAACCUGACUUCUUU